AUGCCGGAGAUUUCCACCGAGGAAAGUCAGCGCCAGGCGAUCCAAGCCCUGGAUCCGGAGUUGGCUGGCUUGCUUCAAUGCAAGGACGUGUCUGUGCAAACACAGGCAAUGCUAGCUUCCAAGAAAGUGAAGUCCAUCGGACGGUUGGCUGCCGUGGCGGACGACCGCAGCGGCGUCCGCGAGUUCUGCAACACAGUUCUCGGGUUGAAAAGUGUGGCGGAUGGUGCAGUGGAAGUGGCCAGCGUGGUCGAUGCUUGGUCUUCUGCUCAAGUGCGCGUUGAAGCUCGUCACAAGGCGGAAGCGGAGGCGGUCGUCGGGGGCUUGCCGAAAGUCGUUGCACGUACAGAGUUGUCACAGCUGCGUGAUCGGUUUGAGCAGUCCUUCUUCAAGAUACCCGAUAAACUCAUGCCGGCCAAUGCGACCUUGGAGCAGCAUUUUGACAUGUUGGACAAUGGAGAGUUCACUGCCUUAUCGUUGAGGGAGUACGCUUCUAAAGACGAUGCGUCUCAAGAGCCAUUCGCCGCUACCAUCGAUCGCAGCACCGGAGCUAUCAAAGUGCGGAAAGGCCAUAUGCAGAUGCCGUUGCCGACGUCUGCAGAAGAAUUGCGUUUGCGUUUGCGUGUGGUGGCUCAUUGCUUUGUGAUGUGCUCCUUACGCUAUCCGCACAUGCCGGUGCUCCAGGGAAUCGCGCCCCACCACUUCAGCAAUUAUGCGGACUUCUUGCUGGGGGAGUUUGUGAUGAAUCUGCACGCGAAAGAUGCCUCGGGCAAAGUUGUGGCGUCGCCUGCCUUUGACCUUGUGUUGUCCUAUGACUUUCAGCUGCGCAAGAAUGUGAUGAAACUUAUGAAUGCUGGGCUGAAGCUAACGUCAGCGUUGGAGCAAGCUGUUGCAGACGUGGAGAUCAAGGAGAGGUUCUUCAUCACCCCAUGUGCGCUAAGAAGCCACUUUCCGGCGGACGUGCCUGUGCCGGCUCUGGGGCAAGGGCGCCAUCGCUCCCGCAGUCGCGAAGCUCGGCAUCGGUCCAAAGGCAACGGCAAAGGCAAAAGCGGCCGGUUUGCCGGGAAGUUGAAGACAGUCACUGAGGACGGUGUGCAAAUCUGCUUUCGCUUCAACAACUCGCACGAGCGAUGCAGAGGCAAAUGCGAGCGGGCUCACGUUUGCCAACUAUGCCUAGGGAAGCAUCCGUUGCAUGCCUGUCCUGAGGCAGCAGGCAAGAAAGAGGCUGCGGCGCAGUUCUCUGCUGGAUCGCAGGGCCCGGCACAAGCGUCCCUCUUCCAGCCACGUGGAGGGCCCAUGCGAACAUUCUACAAGGGCAGGUGGCGGUCCAUCCACGAUGGGGGUUUGCUCGCCCGGUCGCUGGCCGGUGGCAGGGCGGAGUUGGGAGCGCAGCGAGAAGUGGCUGCGCUUGCGAGAAAUCGUUCGCAAAGGUUUUCUGCGGUGGGUGCUGGAAACGAACCGUGCAGGAAGCAACAGCAAGGACGCAGUUGCCGAUGUCUUCUAACGGAUGGCAGGGGGCAAGCUGACCUCGUCCCCUUUGAGGGGGCGGCAGCAGACACUGCAGGGGAAGUGGACGCUUUCCUGAUGUCUUGUGGCAUGGGCGUGUUGAGCAGUGGAAGCGAUCAGCAUUCUGAAGUUCACUUUAGACGUUUGGCUGGCGCGUUGCAAUUGCUGCAGGAUCCCGAUUUCGCGUACCUCACUGCUAUGGCGGAGCAUGGCGUGUCGUUAGGUGUUGACAAGUCCAUGCCGCGGGUGCCUGAGGUCUUCGAGGAAAAGUGCAAAUGGAAUCGCGAGUUUACAGAAGAUGCCAUGGCCCCAGAGCAGAUUGCGGAGAAUUACGCGUCUUCAAAGGAGUGCAUGUCCACCAUCCGCGAGCAAGUUUACGAAGAUGUGGCCAAGGGUCUUGUGGAGAGGAUGUCGCUCAGCGAGGCGCGUGCUCGUUUUCCUGGUCGUCUUGCCAUUGCAGCCCUGGGUGCAGUGCCGAAAGGAGCGGGGUCCGACGAGGUGCGCGUAGUCUUCGAUGCGUCCUACUCCAUUGACAUCAAUCGGCGCAUUAAGGUUUUGGACCAACUACGGUCGCCGCUCAUAGACGACGUGUCUGCCGUCUUAAGACAGCUGCGUGAAGAGUUCGAGUCUGUCAAAGCCUCGCCCUCAUGGUUUAGUCUGGUCUAUGACAUAGCAAUGGCCCACAGACUCGUGCCAGUUCGUCCAGAGGAUUGGGGUUUGCAAGCGUUCUCACUGGACGAGCCUGAGGAGGUCUUUGUUCACAAACGAGGCACUUUCGGAGUCUGCUCGGCAGCGUACUGGUGGAGUAGAGUUGCUAGUGGUGCUGUACGUCUAUUGCAUGCCUUAGCGGAUCGCGAUCUCGCAGUGUACCAUAUGCUGUAUUCGGACGACGGCUGGCUCAAUGCGACGGGAGAGUACUUCUGGCGGAAGAUCUUGUUUUGGAUAUUCGCUCUUCAGGUUUUCGAGUUUCCCCUGAGUUGGAAGAAGGUUCGCGGUGGUCGUGAGGUGCAGUGGAUUGGGUACCAGCUCAAUGUCAAAGAUUUCAGCCGUGGAAUCAGCGACAAGAAAGUCCGAUGGUUCAGUGAGUGGCUGGGAAAGCACUCUAAUGCAGGAGGUGUUCUCGGUCAUGACCUCAAGGCAGCACUUGGACGUCUUACCUUUGUUGGUGGUGCCCUGCAGCAUGUUCGGCCUUUCCUGGGGCCGCUGUUUGCUUGGAGUGCUGUCUUGAGCCCAGGCCACUUUGUGCAGUUUCCUUCAGCAGUAUACUUGAUCCUGUGCUUCAUCCGAGAGGAAAUCUCCCGCGUCUCUAUGAAAGUGGUGGAGCGCAUUCCGCAAGAAGAAGGGGACUUCUUCAGAGUGGACGCCAGAGCCGACAAAGACUGUGUCGUCGUCGGCGGCUGGGAAUCGAUGGGGGGCUGCUGCACGCAUGAAGCGAGAUGGUUUUCGGUGCGCUUGAAUCGGCGCAAUGCACCUUGGGCCUUCGUCAAAGGGGAGCCGUUCCGGGUGAUUGCCUCUCGCGGGGUGGCCUGCCAGGGACAGGAAGUGGGAUCCGUGAGCGCUGUGCAUGUCUUGAGGUGUGCUUCGUUGCUUCAUGCUGUGUUGCAUGUCCGGUGCACUUGGAACUUGCUUGUUCGGGUAGUACUGUCUCAAGGUUGUGCUUGGGAUGUCAAUUGUUGGGGAGGUUGCCCCCCAGGUGCUCACAGCAGGCUUGCUGGAGUGUUCUUGUUUUCCCACCCGCCCGCCCUGUGA